GAAGUCAAGUUGGAGACGUCGUUGGGAUUAGAUCAUAUAGUCCUCCACACCCAGAUAACAGUUUUACUCUUGGCUACCGACCCGCGAGUGGAGCCCAAGUCAAGCACUGGGCGACAAGUCAUUCCGCCAGUCACUGAGGCUGCCCGUAAUCAAAUGAUAACCGGGAUAAGUCACACAAUCAAGACAGUGUCUCACCCCUGUUUGCUUUGGUGGUAACAAACCUCACCAUGUUGUUGUUGACAGUAUUAUUGGUGUUGCCCUUAUGCAGAGCACAGGUCAACAGUUUACCUGUGAUCAGAAAUACGACUUCAGGACAAGUUCUGGGUUCGAUAGACAACCCUUUACCGACCAGCGUUCAGGUGGAGAAGUAUUUUGGUAUUCCGUAUGCCACACCACCUGUAGGAGACCUUCGUUUUGAGGAUCCAAUAGUGAUGUCGCCGUGGGAACCGGAAGUCUUGGAAACGCUCACACUGCAUCCUGCCUGUCCUCAAAUAGAUGAAGACAUGUCGUAUAUCGCGGAGCACCGGGUUGACUUCAACCAAACAGACGAGGAUUGCCUUUAUCUCAACGUCUUCGUACCAGUUCUGUCAAAUGGCACACGGACCUUCGUUCCCCGUAACGCUAACGACACCAAAAUUCCUAGUGGAACGACGUAUGGACAGAACGACGGCGAGCCUCUGGCAGUAUUGGUCUUCAUACACGGUGGCUCAAAUGUAGUGGGUACAGCUAAUAUGUUUGAUGGUGACGUGUUAGCAGCUACUGGGGGUAUCGUUGUGGUUACCAUCAACUACCGCUUGGCAGCGCUGGGUUUCCUGGGCACAGGCCAUCCAGACUUCCCCGGAAAUUACGGGAUCCUGGACCAAAUCGCGGCUCUCCGCUGGGUACAGAACAAUAUCGCCUCCUUCAAUGGCGACCCGACUAAAGUCACUGUGAUGGGGCACAGCGCCGCCUCCAUGGACGUCGGUGUACUUCUCGUCUCUCCUCUAGCCAAAGGUUUGUUCCGAACAGCGAUAUCCCAAAGUGGAUCUCCUUCGUCCGUGUUGACGCAUAGAUGGCCAGAUCACGACUCAAUGAAGGAAGUGAUCUCAUUGGGAAAACAUUUUAACUGUACAGAGUUGACACUUACUGGGGUCAAGCAAUGUCUGAAGAAAGUGGAAGUUAUUCCUCUUUUAAAAAGUUACCAAAUUUUAUGUCUGCUUUGUUACAGUUUUACGACUGGUAUCAGUUUCCGGGUUGUUCUGGGCGAUAAGGUUCUGCCGGAUACAACUAAAAAUUUGCUUCAACAAGCAGAGCUAAACGCCGACACUUUCAUGAUCGGAACGACCAGGGAUGAAGCAGGGAAAUGGGCGUUCGACCUCAAAGGAUUCGAAAAUAUUUCUAACCUGCUGAUUUUGAAUCAUGUAUUACCGGCAGCCAUUCAACUAAAAGAGCUCGUACGGUUUGAAUACACUGACCUGGAUGUUCCGGAAAAUUCAACAACAGAUAUGAGAAUUGCCAGCCGGGCUUACGGCGAUUCCUUGUUUGAUGCUCCCACUGUAGAAACACUGCAGAUUCUAUCUAACAGAAGCAUAACACUCCAUCAAUACAGAUUUGAGUGGAGAUCAGACUUGUUUCCCGCUCCAGAAGUAACAGGUGUACCACAUGGUGUGGAUCUUUUCUAUCUGUUCGGAGCACCGGUGCGAGGACAUGCGCUCUUCAAUUACACUGAACAGGACAAAAACAUGAGUUACCUUAUGAUGAAACAAUGGAGUCAUUUUGUUAAAUUUAGUACGUUCGACCUAAAUCAAGUCGACUGGCUUAAUCCGCCCGCGCAAGGGGAUCUUCCUUACAACGACAUUACAAAGGCAUACACAAGGUUGUAUUCUGAGAAUGGCAUCCCAGUAAUGGGUCAGGGAUUUAACCUGAAACCCCGUGAGGUAAAGUUUUGGACAUCAGUCAUCCCGAACUUACACAGCCAAAUAAACAGGACCCUUGCAAACUGGAACCCCAACAUCGACAAGACUACCUCCGCACCGAAAACUCCGCCUGGCCCGAGAGAUCCGUCUGUUGAUGUGGAGGAAGUAUUGAGGGAGAAGAAUGUUUUCCUCAUACUGUUUAUCGUUUUCCUCGUUUUAGCUGGCUUUCUUCUUAUCGUCCUCAUGUACAUGAGUGUGCUGCUUUAUUAUAGCAAAUCUAGUACAAAGUAUUCCACAUCAUAGAUAUCAAUACUCAGGGUUUUCCCAAAGUUUGAAAGACGCCAAUGUAAAUUUUCAAUGUAAAACAAAUCCGGGUGUUGAUUAAUAAGCAAGACAUUCGUUGAUUAAUCUUCAUUAAAGCUGGUCUCGAAUCUCCUGUGUGCGGAUUUAUGGGAUAUUUAUAAGAAUUCCAGGUUUCAUACACUCGUGGACACGCAUUUACCUGCCAAUCCCAGGCAUUACAUAAUCCAAAUAGCUUAUUUGAAGGUUACUAGUAUCAUUUUCUUCCGAGUAAAAGUAGCAAUUGUAGGUUCAAGACAAGACAAGAUAAUGUUAUUAGAACAAUGUUGUCAGGUGCGUGUACAAGGAAACAAAACCAGAAUGUAUGCCUGUGGAUUGAAGUAUAGAUGUACGACACCAUAUUCUUUAUAGAGUAGCAGUACCAUCGUACCGUAUUCAUAAAGUAACGCACAUAAGACCGAUCUGGUAACUUACAUUUGAAAUGUAUAUAAGUUGAUAGUUUGAACCAGACAGAUGACGUCAUGUGUGGUAUUAACAUUACUUUUUUUUUAUUUUAGUCCAUUUACCGCAUGAUCAAUUUUAAAAUCAUCCACCAACAUCAGUUGAAGAAGACAAGGUUAAAACCUAAAAUCUAUCUAAUCACACAAAAAAAACACUUGUGUCGAAAUGUGAUAUAACUACUUGUGUUGUUCAUUCAACUCAGAAAUGUGUUUCCCCUGUACAAAUACGAGUUAUAUAUAUGUGAAGUACACAUAUAUGUGUUACAAAAUCAUAAAACACAAACAUAUGUUGAAUCAAAUGAGGUCAUUUAUGCAUAUCAACCUAACUUGUGUAGGUACAACAAAAACUUGUCUUGCAACGCAAGUAUUGUGUACAGCAUUCCACACAAGACCUUACGUUAAUUCAACACAUUGUAGUGUUGUUCAAAUAUGAAAAUAGAAUUUUAUUGGAAAAAAAAGUUUGUGUUCAUAUAAGACAAGUUUUUUGUGUGAUGUUAUCAAAAUAUGAUGUAUAAACAAAUAAGUAGUUGUAGUAAAUUUUGUACUUUUUAAUACGUGUUUUUAUAUCGAACAGGUUGGCCGAGCUAUAUAAUGGCUUUUCUUGGAGGAAAGUCUCGGCUUUAUUACUGUAGUUGUGUGUUCAAAUCUAGCUUGGAUGCGACUUGACAUCGAUUUUGCCACGCCCCUGGAUUCCUCUGUUUUAUGUGUGGUUCACUCCCCUUCGACCAGAUUUUAGUCAUGUAUUGGAAAUGUUUUUGAAUAUGGGUGUAAAACACCAAUACAUAAAAAGUGCUUGUGUCAUUAGUUUUGCUUAUCACAGAUUUUUGCGUGUUAAGCAUAAAAUGACUUCAUUAUAAUGUGAUAAACCGUCACUUCUAUGUUUGUAAUCCAAUACAUGUGCAAGGCAUCUUUUCGCUGUGUAGUAUACGCUUACACUUCAUGAUUCAGGAUAUAUUCAAGCUGAAAUCAGGCGUUUGACCCAACUGUCAUGAUUGUUGAGAAAAGAAACCCAAUACCAUUUUGUAUUAUCGUGUGUCCUUUUUGUAAUUCAUCUGAGAAGUUGUUUGGGGGAGCACAACCCAGGAAUUGGAAUUGUUCCCUCGGUGACCCAAACUAAACUGCUAAUUACGUCCCAUUGUCCAUACUUAAUAUCGCUAAAUUAAUUUUACGUUGUCAUGCAUUAUAUACCUGACAGACUCGUUCUGCUAUAAUCAAGCGUGUGCAUACAUGUAUAUUACUAGUAUGUUACUUGCAAAUAUUUCUUUAGUGCUAUCGGUAGCGAUCGAUAUAAAUAUACAUGCUCUUAACAGCAGAUGGUAUGUCUUCCAUUUACAGUGUCGCUUGUUGAACCACUUCAGGUAUUAUAAACAUCAUUCGCCCACGCAUACACUGUUCUGUAUGUACACAGGUUAUAUACAUGCAUACAGUAAACAGCUUUGCUGACUCGGUUUACAGAGUAACAGUACUGGUUGUAUCAGUUUGCAGAGUAACACUACUGGUUUAUCGGUUUACAGAGUAACAUUGCUGGUUCAUCGGUUUGCGGAGUAAUACUACUGGUUUAUACGUUUACAGAGUAACACUACAUGGGUUAUCGGUUUGCAGAGUAACACUACUGGUUUAUCGGUUUGCAGAGUAACACUACUGGUUUAUCGAUUUGCACUGUAACACAUACUGGUUUAUCGGUUUGCACGGUAACACAUACUGGUUUAUCGGUUUGAAGAGUAAGACUGCUAGUUUAUCGUUUUUCAGAGUAAGACUACAGGUUUAUCGGUUUGAAUAGUAACGCUACUGGUUUAUCGGUUUCAGAGUAACACUACUGGUUUAUCGGUUUGAAUAGUAAUGCUGCUGUUUUACCGGUUUGCAGAGUAACUUUGUUGGUUUAUCGGUUUGCACAGUAACACUACCGGUUUGUCGGUUUGAACAGUAACACUACUGGUUUAUCGGUUUGAACAGUAACACUACUGGUUUAUUGGUUUGCAAAGUAACAUCAUUGGUUUAUCGAUUUGCAGAGUAACACUACUAGUUUAUAGAUUUGCACAAUAACACUGUUUAUCUGUUUGGAAAGUACUGCUGUUAGUUUAUCGGUUGGCAGUAUUUGUUUAUCGUUUUGCAGCAUAACACCCCGUUUUUAUCGGUGUGAAAAGGACAAUUUUCUCCAUGUCGAAAUUUAAUGAGGGAAUAAUUGAAAUAUUUUGUACUAUGUCUUAUAAGAAAUAAAUCUUUCAGUAAAAAAUUGCUAUUUUUUCAGAAGCCAUCAGAAAACAUCGUUUUUUAUAGAAGUCCUUGUUUUGCUGAAAAGCGAAUAUGUAAAGGUUGGUGUUAACGAAUGUUUUAAGCUUAUAUUAUUACAUACAACAUUGUUUCCUGUGUGACUUUUUAAAGUAGAAGUCAUAUGUAGAAAUGGUCCUACUUGGACAAGAGCUGGAUUAAAUUCGUAGUUUUGUACUUCUAUAUCUUUCAGCUCAAAUAAAGA